GCAGCCCAAGGGAUCACAGCGGACGGAGUUUAGGUGACUGAGAGACACUGAGUCAGCUUGGAGGAUGAAUUUUACUGUCUUAUUGUUCGUGUCACUGUUCUGCGGCCUGAUUUUGGCCAUGGAGGACAGUGCUAAUACUGAAACAGAAAAAACAAUUGAAUCAUGCUUUCCUGACAUGUGUAAUCUCCUGAAAGAGUUCGGUGCCUUGAGAGAAAAACUUGGAGCUGUGGAAACCAGGCUGAAGGACAGUGAAACCCAGAUUCAAGAACUUAAGAGCAAAGAGAAGACCGUGGUGAUAUUCAGUGCAGCAACAGGAGGAGGAAAUACAGCCAUCGGACCCUUCAACGAAGCCACAACUUUAGUCUUCAGAACAGUGAUAACAAACAUCGGCAAUGGCUACAAUCAGUUUACUGGGAUCUUCGCUGCACCUGUUAAAGGCGUUUACUACUUCACCUUCUAUCAUCAUGCUGGAGGAUCACACAUAGUGAGCCUAAACCUCAUAAAGAACAACAACUCUGUUGUGCAGACCUUUGACCACCGCUCAUCGGGCGACACUGCUGAUAACGGAGGCAACGCAGUGUUCCUGCAGCUGCAGCAAGGGGACCAGGUGUACGUGCGUUUAGACGCAAACGCGCAUGUUUGGGGAAACGAUCUCGUCACCACCUUCAGCGGUUUUUUGGUCAAUCAGGAUUGAGAAACUGUCAAUAAAGAUAUGAUUCACUUAUCA